UAUUAAAUUUAAAAAUAACUUUAACUAGAACAUUUUGUGUUGUAUACCCAUCAUCUUGAUCCCUUGAUCAUUGGACACUUUCGAAUUUUACGCAGAAUCUCCUUGGUUUUGAAUAUCCUCAAUUUCUAUGGUCUCUCAUUAGUUGAGCGCAAAAUUCCUUAACUUCCAAUUUGCUCUUCGUUCUCCACAGACUAUAUAUACUAUUCACGUAAUAUCGAAUAAAAAUUAAAUUUAUCUGUAGAUUUUCAAAAAAUCGUGGUCAAUGUCAUCCACGAUUCAAGAAAUCCCUGCUCAGUUAAACAAAAUCAAGCAACUCUAACAAGAAAAACUAAUUUGUCGGGACCUUGUCAUGUAGCACUGUGCUCGAACCAUUUAUUUCAGGACUAAUCUUCAAAACAAAAAAGUUUUAUCUGAUUUUUUUUUUAUUUCUAAUCAUGUCUAUUGUUAGGAUAAUAUGAGAUUGUGUGCUAGCAAAUUAACGAUUUAUUUAGUUUUAAGUUGAAGCGAGGCAUUCUUCCAAUCACCAACAGCAAAGAUCGUUUAAGAAUAUUUAACACAUUUCUAUUGCUUUAAAUCUCGAAAUUAUAGUUAAAAUAAAUACUAAAUGUGAUGAAUAUUCAAUUUUUAGUCCCAAAUGUAAAAAUUGUGAAUUUGAAUUAAUCUGAACCAAAUUAAAUUUAAAAAUUUUAAUCCCUAGUUCCAGACAAUAAUGUUUUCAGAGGAGCCACCAAGACAAGAGGAUACUCAUCCGCAGGACGGGGAUAGGGUUGAGGAUGAAAGGAUGGAUGAAGAUGAAGUAGGAGAUGAGGAGAAUGAUGAAUAUGAUUCUGAUCUGGCUGAACUAGACGAGGAGAAAAUAUUUUCUGAGUUUAAUGCGUUGGACAGGCAGUUGGACGAUCUUGACAAGGUUCUGGAUUCUUUAGAGGAGAAGAACGAUGCUAUCCAUUCACAGCUUAGAGAACUACUAGCGGAUAGUAGACAGGUUCGGCGUGAGAUUCAAGAGGAAGGACAGAAACAAUCUUGAAAUGUUGGAGAUUUUUUCUAGUUAUAUUAUAUUGAUACUUUGAUCCUUGUUCCUCAAUUCUGAUUUGGUUCUUUAUAACAUCUCAUUCUUAUAAAAUGUCACCCUUUCCAUAGUGUUGGGCACGUUUUUUUGUUCCG